CACGUUUAUUGUCAUCAUUCUUGACCUGCACCAGAUGUGAUACGAGCGUCACGAACCGGUCGGGUCAGACGGCUGGAGACGUGGCUCUGUUCUGGGGUCACAGACACAUCGCCCGUCUGCUGCCCAGCAGAGACACAGAAGAGCCAGACAUUCACUUCAACAGAGAGCUCCUGGACCGAUCGAGCGACAGACGCAGCGACGGCGAGUGGCUGGCGGCCAGAAGAGCUUCUCCAGAGACCGUGUUCCUGCUCUUCCACGCUCUCAGUCCUCUGGUGCGCUCCGGAGCGGAGCAUGAGGAGCAGAUACAGCUGUGCAAACUCGGAUCCGCCGCGGUGCAGGAGCUGCUGGGGAGCAGCCGGACCCUGGAGGUUUUCUUAGGAGUGGAGAAGCAGCAGGAGGACGACGGGAUGCUGGCGUGGUUUGCUCUCAGCACUGAAGACGAUCCCACUCAACUCCUCAAAGAUAAAGAUCCCAGCCGUUUCUUCCUUCAGGAAGCCAUGCCAGGACUCCUGAGGCUGAGCGACGAUGAUGCCGGGGAGACGCUGGAGGCGGCGGUGAGGAGGGAGGUGCAGGAGGAGAGCGGCGUUCAGGUGGGACCCGUGCAGUACCUGUCCUCUCAGGCGUGGCCUAUGCCCUCCUGCCUGAUGAUUGGCUGCCACUGCAUCGCCGUGACGACGGACAUCAAAGCAGACCAGAACGAGAUCGAAGAGGCACGCUGGUUCACCCGGCAACAGGUGAUGGACGCUCUUGUGAAAGACAAGCGAGCCGUGUUCAUCAUGCCGCCCAGACAAGCCAUCGCUCACUAUCUGCUCAAACAUUGGAUCGGCUGUAACGCAAACCUCUGAACCGGGGUUAAAAUGCUUCUUUCGUGGUCCACAUGAAAAGACGUGUUAAUCAGAUUGAUUUAAUGUGUGAAGCUUGUUCGAUUAUAGAAGAUAAUGCAGUAAUAUAACUCCAAUUAGAUUACUUUGACAUGCUCAUCUCUGACUAAUAACAGAACAAUAUCUCCUGAUUGUAACGUUGAAACAAGUAUUUUCUCUGAAUCUGCAUUGAAAUUAUAAUAUGCAUUGUGAAAAAGGCUAAACAAAUAAACCUGAAUUGAAU